CUGUUCACAUAAAUUCAAGCCGCACAUGACCUAGAGAGAGAAAGACUUCUUUAGAGAGAGAAAGAGAAACGGUCAACGUACAUCUUAGAUUGGCCGCCAAAACUCUCGCCAAACACGUCCGCAUUCCUCUAUUUCUCUCUCUCCAAAACCCUCUCAGCCCUCGCCGUUGUCGCCAAAACUCCGACCAUCUCCUUCAUCGGAAAUGUUCCUUUCCCGGUCGAUCCUGCCCUAACCCUAAUCAGGGGUUUCGGCCAUGGAUUCCUAGCUGGAGACUCAUUCUCCGGCGACAGGGAAACCUAACACCCUGAUUUCCGUCCAUCAAUGGCUCCACCUCUGGUUUCACGGCCAGAUUCAGGCCGGCGUCAGCCGUUGUUGGGGAAAGAGACCUCUUCGGCUUCGAGAUUUGCAGAGACAGCGGGCGGCACCAUGGCCUCGUGCGCUGCUGUUUGCUGUUGUUGUCCUUGCGGCCUCGUCAAUCUCUUGGUUUUAGCCAUGGUCAAGUUACCGGCCGGUCUUUGCAAGAGAGCUUUGAGGAGAAAGAAGCGAGAGAAAAAGCGCAGGAAGGACGUGCUUAUACCUAAUCGAUCGGAGUUGCAGGUUCACCCUGUGAGACCAGCCCCAACUAGGCCGGAAAAUUCGCCGGAAAUCGCAGGAAAUUGGCCGGAAAAGUCACCGGAAAAGCAGGUGGAGGAGAUGGACGCCAUGUGGGAGAAGAUGCACACUGGUUUUUGGAGGAGUAUCUCAGAGAGAGAACAGUGAAACACCACUUUCUCUCUCUAAAAUACGCGGUAUCCGUCGCAUUUCUCUCUCUCAAUACGCGGCAAUCGCCAUCCUCUUUUUUCAUAUAAGAAAUAUAAACAUUUUUCCAUUUUGUGUGUAUUUUUUCCAUAUUUGAUUACGUAAGGACCUACAUAUACUAUACACUAUACAACAUUGUAUAGUGUAUUUUUCCCAUUUAUUGAUUCUUGAAAUUGUUCUUUGGAUGCCUCUUUGUAGUAUAUUAUUAAUUUCAAGCCUUGAAGUGUAUUAACAUUUUAUUU